AUGCCGGGCUCACUGAAGUUCAUCACGUGGGACACAAACGGCCUCGAACACAGGAACUUGCUGCCACGUACUCAAGCCGGCUGCUCGAUAAUCCGAGACGCCGACCCGGACGUGGUUUUCCUCCAGGAAGUGGUGCCUGAAUCUGAUGUUGUCAUAUGGCCAGUUUUUCAAGACUACAGGUACGUCCGUAAAUACAGCCCAGGCAACUUUACGGUCACCAUGCUGAAGAAAGCCACCACAGAAAUCAAAAGGCGCAAGAUACGCCCGCUGAACCACGACCGGGUGGAACGGGAGGUGAUGACAAUCGAGGCAUCGUUCGGAGGCCUCCCGAUCACGCUUGUCAACACCAAGCUUGAAGACGAUCCCGACAAGUCGAAGCUACGUAAGAAACAACUCUCCAAGUGCUUUAAGAAGUGUCUGAAGCUCCCUUAUAACAGGACGGUCAUCUUCGGCGGAAACCUCGGCCUGCGCGGACACGAGCUCAAGGACGUGGGUGGACGUCCGCGCUCCCUAGUGGACGUCUGGGAACGCUGCGGCAGGCGGAGGGAAGUCCGCUACACGUGGGACAUGGUGGUUAACGACAACCGUCUCUUUAACUUUUGUAAGAAUCCCCAGUACCGCCCCGACCGGGUCUACUUGAAGGCUUGCAAGCCGGCCACCAUGGUGCCUGCGUCCUUCGACCUUAUCGGGACGGAAAGGCUGAGCCCACUUGGAUGCUUCCCCAGUGACCACUGGGGUCUGGUGUGCCGUUUUAAUGUGCUCUAG